AUGACUAAUCCAGAUGAGGUGAAAGAUGAGUUCUACGAGACACUCCAUUCUGUAAUUGCUGCUGUCCCCAAAGCGGAGAAACUCGUCGUACUAGGCGACUUUAACGCUCGAAGGCGUCCACAGGGGAAGAAACCGCCGAGAAAACUAAAUGCCAGUAAGCUAAAGGAUGCCGAAACAAAACAAUUGCUUGUAGAAAAGCUGAGAGACAAGCUGGAGGCUGUCUCACUGGAUGAACAGGACAUAGAAACUGGCUGGAAAAACCUCAGAGAUGUCAUCCAUAGUGCUGCUUUGGAAACAUUGGGACCAACAUGCAGAAACCACAAGGACUGGUUUGAUGACAACUGCAAUGAGAUCCAACGACUGCUAAAUGAGAAGCACAGACUGCAUAGAGCGCAUCUCAGUGACACCAAGGACAUAUCAAAGAAAGAUGCGUAUACUAAUAUACGAAAUACAGUCCAGGAAAAGCUGAGACAGAUGCGAGACACAUGGCUAAUGGAUAAAGCCGUAGAAAUCCAAGGCUAUGCGGACAAACACAAUCUGAAGAAAUUCUAUGACGGCCUGAAAGAGAUUUUUGGACCAUCAUCAACAGGUCUAUCUCCUCUGCUCAGUGCUGAUGGUAACACGUUAAUCACUGACAAAGAUGAUAUUCUGAAGCGAUGGGCAGAACACUUUGACAGUGUACUAAAUCGACCAUCAUCAAUAAAUGAAGAAGCAAUAAGUCGUCUUCCACAAGUACCCAUAAAUGAGGCACUUGCAGAACCCCCAAGCCCGGCUGAAACACAUAAGGCUGUAGGCCAACUCUCAAGUGGGAAGGCUCCAGGUCAGGACUCUAUCCCUGCUGAAAUCUACAAAGAAGGCGGCACAGCUGUGAUUGAUAAGCUUCAUCAACUGUUCACCAUCAUUUGGGAACGAGAGUCAAUUCCUCAGGACUUUAAAGAUGCAACAAUCAUACACCUGUACAAACGCAAAGGCAACCGACAGGUCUGCGACAACCACAGAGGUAUAUCCCUACUCUCUGUCGCAGGGAAGACACUUGCUAGGAUCCUCCUCAAUCGCCUUAUAAUACAUCUUGAUCAAGGACUACUUCCAGAGAGUCAAUGUGGAUUUCGGAAAGACAGAGGAACCACUGAUAUGAUCUUCGCUGCAAGACAGCUGCAAGAAAAAUGCCAGGAGCAGAACUCUGACUUGUUCUCCACAUAUGUAGACCUGACGAAAGCGUUCGAUUCAGUCUGCAGGGAAGGUCUCUGGAAGAUACUGGCCAAGUACGGAUGCCCCAUGAAGUUCAUAAAUCUUGUGCGACAGUUCCAUGACGGCAUGCAGGCUCAUGUGCGGGACAGUGACGCACUGUCUGACCCAUUCCCGGUUACAAACGGUGUAAAGCAGGGUUGUGUACUAGCACCCACUUUGUUCAGUAUCAUGUUUACUGCGAUGUUAACAGAUGCAUUCAGUGGAGGAGAUGUGGGAAUUGGCAUCAGACACAGAACAGACGGUAAAGUGUUCAACCUUAGAAGACUACAAGCCAAAACCAAAGUGAAAACAGAUAUUGUCAGGGACCUUCUGUUUGCCGACGAUUGUGCACUAAACGCCGGUUCAGAACCCAGCAUGCAGCACAGUGUUGACAACUUCUCAAACGGAUGUAACAACUUUGGCUUGACAAUUAGCACAAAGAAAACAGAAGUGCUCCAUCUACCAGCUCCAGGAAAACCCUAUGUGGAGCCAACCAUCACAGUAAACAACAAAAAACUCAAUGUGGUUAGUAGAUUCACUUACCUUGGCAGCACCCUCAACCAGAAUGCUAACAUUGAUGAUGAAGUGGAUUCCAGGAUUGCAAAAGCGAGUGCUACCUUUGGCAGACUCCAUGAUAAUGUCUGGAACAGGCGAGGAAUUCGACUGGAGACAAAACUGCAGGUGUACAAAGCAAUUGUUCUUCCGAUACUUUUGUAUGCAUGUGAAACAUGGACAGUCUACCGACGCCAUGCCAAAAGACUCAAUCAGUUCCACACCACCCGUCUUAGGAAGAUUCUCAACAUCAAAUGGCAAGACAGAAUUCCAGACACAGAGGUACUGACCAGCGCAGGUAUGCCGAGUAUCUACACCAUGUUGAUGCAGUCCCAGCUCAGAUGGUCAGGACAUUUAGUCCGUAUGCCAGACCACCGACUGCCCAAAAAACUGUUCUAUGGUGAACUUGAAGAAGGUGCACGGCUACGCGGUGGCCAGAAGAAACGCUACAAGGACUCUCUUAAGGCAUCCCUGAAAGCCUUUGAUUUAAAAACUGAUUCCUGGGAGCAUCUUGCCAGUGACCGGCCACAGUGGCGGCGUGCAGUUCAGAAGGGUGCCGUUACCUACGAGGGAACACGCAGAGCUACUGCCCAGCAGAAGAGGCAGGCCAGGAAGGAACGAGCAGCCAACCCCCCCUCGAGCAUCACUUUACUUCCCUGCCCGCACUGCAACAGACACUUCAGAGCGAAGAUAGGGCUGUACAGCCACCUGCGAACUCAUUUGACUACUUGA